GCCGGAGCGUACCCCCCUGGAAAUACUGAAUUUGUACUGAAUACAUGUCAGGCCUGUCAACCAUGUAGUAUAAGAAAGAGCUGCUUGAGGUGUUAUUUAUAUACCUGUUUUGCUCGCUCUUUGCUUGAAUUCCUUGGGCAUAAAAAUGAAUGAAUUUCAAAGUUUUGCUGAUACAGUAGUUUUUAGAUUACAAGGGUUCCUGUGGAGUGAAUAGUGAUCCUACCUUAUUGCUGGUAGGCAUUUCAUAUGAUCACUCCACUACCUUAUUGGUAGGAUCACUCAUUGUGGAUUUGAUGAUUGAAAUCAGGAGUCAAAGCCUCAACACAUCAUCUUGCCUGGUAUUGAACAAUCAUGAGCGAUCCACAUUCUGAAAGUGCGUGGCGAUUACUGCUCAGUUCAUAGGAGACACAUCCAUCACUUCAGGAGCUGAAAUAUGAAUUAUCAAGCAAAAUUUGCAAAAUCACAGGUCUUUUCAGUAUACAGGUUUUACAGCAGCUUGGGAUCAAGGCCAAGCAAACAAGUUGAUAGGAUAUUGAGAGUUGAUCACGCAGGUGAACUAGGAGCAGACAGAAUAUACGCUGGACAAAUGGCGGUUCUAGGCAAGACCAGUGUUGGCCAAACCAUUCAGCACAUGUGGGACCAGGAGAAGGAGCACAAAGCCAAGUUUGAGGAACUGAUCCCCAAGUACAGAGCCAGACCCACUGUAAUGCUACCACUCUGGAACGUGGCAGGCUACGUUCUGGGAGCAGGUACCGCGCUGCUGGGGAAGGAGGCGGCUAUGGCAUGCACGGUGGCCGUGGAAUCGGUCAUCACCGACCACUACAACAGCCAGAUCCGCGAACUGAGCCGACUCUCGCAGGAGACCGGCGAGGAUCAUAAGGAGUUGUUAGAGGUGAUCUCGAAAUUCCGUGACGACGAGAUGGAACACCACGACACGGGCCUGGCGCACGACGCCGAGCUGGCGCCGGCGUACCAGCUGCUCUCGCAGACCAUCAAAGCCGGCUGUCACGCAGCCAUCUGGGUCUCUGAGCGCGUCUGACGAACCUCCUAGCCUAGCGAUCGACACUGCUUAGGAUGCUCUGUGCGACGUGAAGCUCCUCGCGCGGCGCUGAUGGACGAGCUUUGGUGUGUCGUGUCGAGGUUAGCUUGUGUAAUGUGCGCCAUUUGUGAUAUGUUCUACGGUGAAGUAAAUAUGUUUCUUUUAUUACGUAAA